UAAUAAUUAUAAGACGGGCUCAGGAAAUUAUACUUCUUGUGUUUAUUCGUUUAUGUACUACAAACAAUUAGGAAGUGCUGAUUUAGUCAAUGAAAGUUGACUGGAGAAAAUGUAUGCUUUCACUUUCAUUUCUGGAGAAGAGAUCUGCCUUCAGAAGCUUUGCAAGCACAGGAUGGGGCUUUGAGCUGGACAGCAAUAAAUACAUACAGUAACGGACAGUUUUUAUUCAGAUAGGACGGUAUAGGUUGAAGUGAAGUGGGUCAGAGAGAAGGGGAUGGGACCGGGAAAGGUCCGUGAUCCGGGAUUCGAAUUCGGGACGCCUAGCUAUGGUGCUAAAUGUCCAUACAUAUUUGAAGAAAUAAGACAUUUUAUCAAGUAUUUAGAGCUUAAGAUCAAAAAUUACAGUUAAAGACCAUAACACUAGUUGAGAGGGCAAGAGCUAGUUGAGAUUCUUUAAAAGAAUAGGAAAUGAAACCUAUUUCUUAAAAAAACAGAAAUGUUAAUUACUGCAUAACAAUCUGUGCCGGCUGGUGCAGAAUUGAGGAACAUGAUACCAUGUGAUUUAUCCUAAGAUGUAAUGGUUCCUGUCUUAUAAUUGCAUACAAGAUUACAUUAUUGCAUACAAGACUGCAUAGAACUGAACAUAAAAGUGUGUAACAAUGGGGGGUUUUGGUUUAACACUGUUUUUUCCCCACACCCAAGCUAACCGAUACCGUAUAACAUGAAUAUACAUUAAAAGGAAUAGUGCAGUUUGGACUCUCACGGCACCCAUUCACUUCAGAGGAUCCACUGGCAGUUUAUAUCUCUUGUUUGCUUCUUGUUCGCUCAUUCAGCACUCGAGGCACAGCACAGCAGUCACACUGAAAAGAGUUCUUAGAGUGCAGUCCAGGAUGGAUGUGCGGGCAGGAGUUUUUCUCUACUGGUUUCACAUUAUUUGCGCAGGUGUGUUUGCUGAUGUUUGGAAGGUGCAAGUUGAGCCUGAAAUGGAGGCUCUGGUGUCGUCUUGUGUUGUGUUACCCUGUUCAUUCACAUAUCCUGGUCAGCAGCAGCCCUCUGAUCGUACUAAAGCUAUCUGGCACAAAAAGGACAACUGGAAUGAUAUUAUUUUUCACAAAGACGGAUCAAAGGUUGAAGACAAUUUCAAGGGUCGUACAAAACUGGUCGGUUCACUGGGGUCUUCAAACUGCUCCUUGGAGAUCGAUCAAGUCAGAAACCAUGACAACGGCCCAUUUUGUUUCAGGGUUGAAUUAGAGACGUCUACGAAAGACAAGUACUCCUUUGUGGAUAACUGCGUGUCAAUUAAAAUGAUCGAACAAUCAUCAAAACCAGACCUGCAGGGCGAGCAGUCUUUGCAGGAGGGUCAACCUACGGUCAUCAAAUGCUCUGUCCGUCACACCUGUCCGUCCUACCAGCCCACUCUCACCUGGAGUCACUCUGGAAAAAUCAUGACGAGCUACAAGCACAUUGGUCAUGGACUCUGGGAGGUAGAGUCUCUCUUGACCUUCACCCCGACAAAAGAGGACGAUCACAGCUCCAUCAAUUGCACAGUCGAGCACCACGGGAAAGUCAUUGGAGAAAGGGUCGCAACUCAUUCUAUCUUUGUGAAAGAACAAGCAUCUCUCAUGCACAUCGUAGUCCCAGCCGUCUCUAGUCUCGGAGCUGCUCUUUUUGUUGGAUUGCUGUGUUUCUUCAUUGUCAAGAGAUACAAGAAGCGCAUUGCAGAUCUCCAAUCCAGAGAUGGCAAUGGAAUGUGGAGUCGACUGUCAAGACUGUCUCGCAGGUUUCAUUCAGGUGAUGGCCGCAGUGGUUCAGGUGGCAGAGAGCAGAGGAGGUCUAUUUGGAGUAGAUUUUCAAGGAGAGGUCAAGGGCAUCAGGUUCAAGGGAAUUAUGACAGCAAGGCAAACAACGUAUGUACAGCGUCAGGAAACAAGCCUUUCUCCAAAGGCCGAAUGCCAUCGCCAAAGAGCGAGGCCAAAUCCUAUUCUGGUCACAAUUUUGAUGACGAUUACACCAACACGGCAGACCUCAACUUAUAUGGAAAUAUCUGAUGAGAAUGCCAGAUUUCGUUAGAGAAGAUUGACCUCGGAGCAGUCUUCAUGCAAUCCUGUCCUAUUGUAUAACUGAGUGUUGCAUCUUAUGCAUAUAGUACAGUAUUACCGUAUUUUACAUAUAUUAUUGCUUACAUCUUACAUUGCAAAGUUCUAAGAAAAUAUUGUAUAUACCAGUCUCAUAUAGCGGACCUUUUUAAUAUGUGAGAAACCUUUAGCUGCACUUAAGCUGAAAGUUAAAGAAUUUGCCUUGAUCUUGUGACUUACCAGAUCAGUGCGUGCUAUAUUACAUAUAUAUACAUAUACAUAUACAUAUAUAUAUACAUAUAUAUAUAUAUAUAUAUAUAUAUAUA